AUAUGGAUCUAACUUAGCAUCUUCGCUCACGAUUCCCAGCAUCUAAUCUCAGAUGCUUCUUUCAAUUCCCUAAUCCUCUCUCAUCCGGCGGCUCACAUUUAUCAUCCUUCUCCCUUAUAUACAUUCCAUUCAGAAAAGGAAAAACAACACACAAAAAAAUAUAUUUGUCACAAAUUAAACAUGAAUGCAAUACUCGAAUCUUCAGUACUUGAAGCUCUUGCUUUCAAUUACUCGAGCUUUGGUAUCGCCAACAUUGUUUGGACAUGGGUUGCUGUUGUUACCGCUGCCGUUAGCUUCUGGAGGAUCAAAGUAUCUUCUUCAACGUUGCCCCCACCACCGGAGCCAACGUUGGUAACAUCAUCUUCAUCCCCAUCACAGGUAGAAAGGCUAGUACAGUUAAAAGAGAGCACUUCUCCAACGCCAGCUAGUACUAUGAUGUCGGCCGAUGCUGCAUUUUUGGUCAAAGAGGAAGGAACAAAAGGGAAACUCACGGUGUAUUUCAAGCAAGAUGAGGAUGGAGAAUGUAACAACGAUGGAGAAGGCGGUGAUCAGGAAGGAGAAGAUGAAAGUGUGGAGUUGAGUAAGGAGUGGUUUCAGAAUUGGGAGAUAUUGUUGAAAUUGAGAAAAGGGGAAAGGGGGUGGUAUUGUUAUCAGGACAUGAAGGUAAUUGACGGUAGCGUAGUUAGGUUGUGGGAGGGACGGAGGGAAGCAGAAAAAACUGCUUUCUCAUUUGGUGUAGUCAGUGCUCGGUAGUUGAGAAACUGUAGCUAGUAGGGAAAGCAAUAACGGUUUUCAUCACUAUGGAAUUUCAUCAGAAAGAAAAAUUGUAAAUAUAAUUGUAGCCUUUUUCGUUAUUUUGUAGGUCUAAUACCUAAGUAUGGACGAUGAAAACACUGUAAUUUUUGUCUCUUUUUCGAUGUCUCUUAAUCU